AUGCUGGAGAAGUUCUGCAACUCUACUUUUUGGAAUUCCUCAUUCCUGGAUAGCCCGGAGGUAGACCUGCCACUUUGUUUUGAACAAACUGUUCUGGUGUGGAUUCCCUUGGGCUUCCUUUGGCUCCUGGCUCCUUGGCAGCUUAUUCAUGUAUAUAGAUCCAGAACCAAGAGAUCUCCCAUAACCAAACUCUACCUUGCUAAGCAGGUGCUUGUUGGAUUUCUUUUUAUUCUGGCAGCCAUAGAGCUGGUCCUUGCAUUCACAGAAGACACCGGACAAGCCACAGUUCCUGCUGUUAGAUAUACAAAUCCAAUCCUCUACCUGGCCACAUGGAUCCUGGUUUUGCUGAUCCAGCACAGCAGGCGAUGGUGUGUACAGAAGGACUCUUGGUACCUGUCACUAUUCUGGAUCCUCUCGAUACUCUGCAGCACUUUCCAGUUUCAGACUCUGAUCCGGAUGCUCUUAAAGGGUAACACUUCUCAUCUGGGCUACUCCUGCGUGUUCUUCAUCUGCUAUGCACUCCAGAUCCUGGUCCUGAUCCUUGCUGCAUUUUCAGAAAAAAGCGACUCAUCAAAAAAUCCUUCAUCCACAGCUUCAUUUCUGAGUAGCAUCACCUUUAGCUGGUAUGACAGCGUGGUUCUGAAAGGCUACAAGGAACCUCUGACGCUCGAGGAUGUGUGGGAUGUUGCUGAGGAGAGUAAAACAAAGAGGCUGGUCAGCAGGUUUGAAGCUCACAUGGCAGGAGAGCUGCAGAAAGCCAAGCGGGCCUUCCAGAAACGGCAGCAGAAGAAGUCUCAGCAGAAGUCUGGAGCCAAGCCGCAGGUCUUGGACAAGAACCAGAGUCAAAGCCAAGAUGUCCUUGUCCUGGAAGAAACCAAAAAGAAAAAGAAGAAGUCUGAGACCACAGAAGACUUUCCCAAAUCAUGGUUGGUCAAGGUCCUCUUAAAGACUUUCUCCAGCAUCCUCCUGAAAUCAUUCCUGCUGAAGCUAGUGUAUGACAUCUCCUCGUUUCUGAACCCUCAGCUGCUGAAAUUGCUGAUCUCUUUUGCAAGUGACCUUGGCAUACAUGUGUGGACUGGAUAUCUCUAUUCAAUCCUCUUCUUCGCCGUGGCUCUCCUCCAGUCGUUCUGCCUUCAGAGUUACUUUAAACUGUGCUUCUUGCUAGGAAUGCAAGUACGGACCAGUGUCAUGGCUUCUGUGUAUAAGAAGGCUCUGACCCUAUCCAACCGGGCCAGGAAGCAGUACACCAUUGGAGAAACAGUGACCCUGAUGUCUGUGGAUGCCCAGAAGCUCAUGGAUGUGACCAACUUCAUCCACCUGCUGUGGUCAAAUGUCCUACAGAUUGUCUUAUCCAUCUACUUUCUCUGGGCAGAGCUGGGGCCCUCAGUCUUAGCAGGUGUUGGGGUGAUGGUGCUUCUAAUCCCUCUUAAUGGGGUACUCGCCACCAAGAAUAGGGCUAUUCAGGUGAAAAAUAUGAAGAAUAAAGACAAACGUUUAAAGAUCAUGAAUGAGAUUCUCAGUGGGAUCAAGAUCCUGAAAUAUUUUGCCUGGGAACCUUCCUUCCAAAACCAAGUCCACAACCUUCGGAAGAAGGAGCUCAGGAACCUGCUGACGUUUGGGCAACUGCAGUCCGUGAUGAUGUUUCUCUUAAACUUAACUCCUGUCCUGGUGUCUGUGGCCACAUUUUCAGUCUAUGUCCUGGUGGAUAGCAAUAAUAUCCUGGAUGCAGAAAAGGCCUUCACCUCCAUCACCCUCUUCAAUAUCCUACGCUUUCCGAUGAGCAUGCUUCCCAUGGUAAUUUCCUCCGUGCUCCAGGCCAGUGUUUCCAUAGAACGGCUCGAGAAGUACUUGGGAGGGGAUGACUUGGACACCUCUGCCAUUCGACGUGACAGCAAUUCUGACAAAGCAGUGCAGUUUUCUGAGGCCUCCUUUACCUGGGACCGUGAUUUGGAAGCUACAGUCCGAGACGUGAACCUGGACAUUAUGCCAGGCCAGUUUGUGGCUGUGGUGGGCACUGUGGGCUCUGGGAAAUCCUCCUUGAUGUCAGCCAUGCUGGGAGAAAUGGAAAAUAUCCACGGGCAUGUCACUGUCAAGGGCACCGUCGCCUACGUCCCGCAGCAGUCCUGGAUCCAGAACGGCACCAUAAAGGACAACAUCCUCUUUGGAUCAGAGUUCAAUGAAAAGAAAUACCACAAGAUUCUGGAGGCCUGUGCCCUCCUCCCAGACUUGGAAGUGCUGCCUGGAGGAGACCUGGCUGAGAUUGGAGAGAAGGGUAUAAAUCUCAGUGGGGGACAGAAGCAGCGGAUCAGCCUGGCCAGAGCUACCUAUCAAAAUUCAGACAUCUAUAUUCUGGAUGACCCCCUGUCCGCCGUGGAUGCUCACGUGGGAAGACAUAUUUUCAAUAAGGUCUUGGGUCCCAAUGGCCUGUUGAAAGGCAAGACUCGACUCUUGGUGACACACAGCAUUCACUUUCUUCCCCAAGUGGAUGAGAUUGUGGUUGUAGGAAAUGGCACCAUCUUGGAGAAAGGAUCCUACAGUGCUCUGCUGGCCAAGAAAGGAGUGUUUGCGAAGAAUCUGAGGACAUUCGUAAAAGAGACGGAUCCUGAAGACGAGGCCACAGUCAACGAGGACAGUGAAGAAGAUGCCUGUGAGCUGACGCCCAGUGUGGAAGAAAACCCUGAGGAUGCGGCCUCCUUAAAGAGAGAGAAUAGCCUUCGUCAGACACUCAGCCGCAGUUCUAGGUCCAGUAGCAGGCGUUUGAAGUCCUUAAAAGACUCCUUGAAAACUCAGAAGGGGAACAUCCUGAAGGAGGAGACAGAACCCGUGAAAGGACAAAAGUUAAUUAAGAAGGAAUUCUUACAAACUGGAAAGGUGAAGUUUUCCAUCUACCUGAAAUACCUACAAGCAAUAGGAUGGUGUUCCAUAGUCUUCAUUGUCCUUGGGUUUAUGCUGUAUUCUGUGGCUUUUAUUGGAUCGAAUCUCUGGCUCAGUGCUUGGACUGGUGACUCUAAAAUCUACAAUAGCACCAACUAUCCAGCCUCUCAGAGGGACCUGAGGGUUGGUGUCUUUGGAGCCCUGGGAUUAGCACAAGGUAUAUUCGUGCUCAUAGCAACUCUCUGCAGUGUCCAUGGUUGUAUCCAUGCCUCCAGCAUCCUUCACACACAACUGCUGAGCAAUAUCCUUCGAGCACCUAUGAGUUUUUUUGACACAACACCCAUAGGCCGGAUUGUGAACAGGUUUGCUGGCGAUAUUUCCACCCUGGAUGACACCCUCCCCAUGUCUUUGCGCUCCUGGCUUAUGUGCUUCCUGGGCAUCAUCAGCACCCUUGUCAUGAUCUGCUUGGCCACCCCCGUCUUCGUCAUCAUCAUCAUUCCUCUUGGCAUCAUUUAUGUGGCUGUUCAGAUAUUUUAUGUGGCCACUUCCCGCCAGCUCAGACGACUAGACUCUGUCACCAGGUCCCCAAUCUACUCUCACUUCAGUGAGACUGUGUCAGGCCUGCCUGUUAUCCGUGCCUUUGAGCACCAGCAACGGUUUCUAAAGCACAACGAGAUAGCAAUUGACACCAACCAGAAAUGUGUCUUUUCCUGGAUUAUCUCCAACAGGUGGCUUGCAGUUCGUCUGGAGUUUAUUGGGAACAUGAUUGUCUUCUGUUCAUCCUUGAUGAUGGUUAUUUAUAGAAAUACCCUGAAGGGGGACACUGUGGGCUUUGUUCUGUCCAACGCGCUCAAUAUCACACAAACCCUGAACUGGCUGGUGAGGAUGACGUCAGAAAUCGAGACCAACAUUGUGGCUGUUGAGCGAAUAAAUGAAUACAUACAUGUGGAAAAUGAGGCACCUUGGGUGACUGAUAAGAGGCCUCCAGACGGUUGGCCCAGCAAAGGGGAGAUCCAGUUUAGCAACUACCAAGUGCGGUACAGGCCUGAGCUGGAUCUGGUGCUGAAAGGGAUCACUUGUGACAUUAAGAGCACAGAGAAGAUCGGUGUAGUGGGCAGGACAGGAGCUGGGAAGUCAUCCCUGACCAACAGCCUCUUCAGAAUCCUAGAGGCUGCAGGAGGCCAGAUCACCAUCGAUGGGGUGGAUAUUGCUUCCAUUGGGCUCCACGACCUCCGAGAGAAGCUGACCAUCAUCCCCCAGGAUCCCAUCCUGUUCUCUGGGACCCUGAGAAUGAAUCUCGACCCUUUCAACAGCUACUCAGAUGAGGAGCUUUGGAAGGCCUUGGAGCUGGCUCACCUCAAGUCCUUUGUGUCUCACCUGGAACUUGGGUUGUCCUACGAGGUGACAGAGGGCGGUGACAACCUGAGCACAGGACAGAGACAGCUACUCUGCCUGGCCAGGGCUCUGCUUCGGAAAUCCAAGAUCCUGAUCAUGGAUGAAGCCACUGCUGCGGUGGAUCUAGAGACAGAUCACCUCAUCCAGAUGACCAUCCAAACUGAGUUCUCCCACUGCACCACCAUCACCAUUGCCCACCGACUGCACACCAUCAUGGACAGUGACAAGGUAAUGGUCCUAGACAAUGGGAAUAUUGUACAGUAUGACAGCCCCGAAGAACUGUUGAAAACCCCUGGCCCCUUUUAUUAUAUGGCCCAAGAAGCUGGCAUUGAAAAUACACACAGCACAGCCUUCUAAGAGCAAGUCUGACAGGUUAGAGAAGAGCUGUGAGGACCAUUCCGUAUUCUUUUUGUGACGUAUACGAACAAGUAUACAUACAAAAAGCGUGCGUAAAAUAUGUUUUAAAGGAUCAUAAGUGAACACCCAUGUCCCCAUUAUCCAAGAUUUUUCUGAAAUGAGUAUUAUCAGCUGCAUCAUGAUUCCACUGUGAUCCUAUACCUCCCUGCUAUGCACCCCUCAAGAGAGAACUGCUAUCCUGGAUUUUGUGAUUAUUAUUCCUUUGCUUUCUGUUUUCGUUUUACAACUUCCCUUAAAAAUGGACCUUUUUAAAAAUGUAUGGCCUCAUACUGCUUGUAUUCUUCAAUGACUUGCCUCUUUUCUGUAUUGCAUUGAGAUUCAUCGCUGUUGAUGCACAGGGUGAGGCUGGUUCAUGCUCCCUGUGCUAUGUAGCUUGUCAAUGUGUGAAUAUGCCACAGUUGAUCCAUUUUAGGGUGGUCAGCAGUGGGGUAUUUUCCAGGUUCGUUUUGUUUUAUUUUCUCUGUUUUGAGCAAUACUGCUAUGAACAUUCCGGUACGUAACUGCUAAGAUAACAUGUGUAAGAGUUUCUUUAGGUAUGACGUAUAGGGAUGGGAGGUAGCACAUGUUUAAAUGCAUGUAAUAGAUAAAGCCAAACUAGUGAUGCCAAUUUAAAACAUUUUUGUCAAUCUGAUGAGAAUGAACUGGUACCUCAUGGAGGUUUUUAAAUGUCUAUUUCCCUGGUUAUGAUUCAGGUUUCUGUAUGCGGUGUCUACUGCUGCUUGCUCAUGGUGCUUUAUUUCCUUGAAAGUCUCGGGAAAUGUUUACUGUAAGCCGCUCAACCUCCUUAGCAUUUUUAAAAAUUGAAGCAUAGCUGAAUUACAAUUUGUGUUAGCAGGUUUCCUGUGGCUUGAGUUGAAGCUGACCUCUCUUAAAAGGAUUUGUGCAAGCUUCUGCCUGCCACCUUGGGGACAUUUUGAAUUAAAUUCUCCACUACGAGCUUUCAAAGCAUACAGUUAGUGAGUGGGAUUUCAGACCACAAUCCUGUGUGAGAGCCAGUUUGUGGUUUCUAGAAUCUCAAGAGAUUCCUCCCCCUUGAUCUAGUGGCAGGUUGGAGAUGGGCAUGUGGCAUUGCUGACUCCUUCCACGUGGCGGGGUUUAUUCCUCACCUGUUCACUUGCAAGUACAGCCCUUUUGGGCUCUGGCUCAUCAGAGGGUCUCCUGUAGGUUCUCCAUAUUGACAAGUCUCAGCUUUCUGUCUUGCCUCAGCAUCCUCCAAUUGUCCUCACAGGUCAAGAUGUCCAGGUAGCUUUGACGCUUCCUCACCUUCCAGGGUUUCUUGUGCCACGUUAUUUUGGGUUUAGCAUAUUUUUUACCUCCAUUUCAGUGCUGCAAUUAUGAAAGAUUUUAAUUUAUUCAUCAUUGUAGCUGUUUGUUGAAUGAGAUGCUCAGAGACUUAACACUUCCUAAAGGAGGGGAUCACACCCCUACAAGGCUGGAUGAGGAGGGGGCUUGUUUCCUCCUACUUGCUCUGUUCCAUCAGCAUCACUCUAUCAAUGUUUGUUUCCCUGCAGAGGCAGUUCAUACAAGUAGCAGCCCUGCUUUCAGUUGGCAAAUUCAGUGUAGUCCUGCUAUCACCAGAUAAGCAGCACCCCCUUCUGGGCAGUCUGGGUUUCAGUUUUAGCGAUGGCCUCUCUUGCCUUUUGUUCCACAGACCUAAUGAUGAUCGUUACUUUUGCACUCGCCAACCCUCUGAUACUUCUUCUCCUUUAGCCCCUUCUCCAAUACCUAUUUAACAAUUCUUUAUAUUAUUCUGCAAAGAUAACCUAUGCUUUCUGUCUCCUGACUAACCAAAUGGAUAGAGCCUUGGCGAUAAUCCAGUUGAAGUCCCUUAUUUUUCAGAUAAGCACCAGACUGAGCACAGUCAUGACAAGCAGUCAAAACAUGCAUGUUUCCAGAUUUGGUCCCAUGAUUUCUUCUUUUUCCUAUAAUGGGAGAGGGUUUUUGAUCUACCUACUCCCGUGGGUGCUGAUGCAGUGAGGGGAAGGGUCUUUUUUUCUUAGUAGUGAUGACUAAGACAUCCAGUGAAGGUGGCAGAAACUGGAAGCAGCCUGGAUCCAAAACUUUGGCGAUGACGCGUCCCCUCCAGAUCUCAUCUUGGCCCAGGACCUGGGUAACCCAAUGCAAUGUUGAUGUUUCCUCCUUUCCUUCUGAGGUCGUCAUCUUUGCUUAUCUGUGAAGCAUGAAAAUGUCCCUGUUUUCAUCCUUGACCUUCCCCUGUUCCUCUGUAUUUCCUCUGUAAUUGAUUCCAUACACUCCUGGGGUGGCAACUUCCACACAUGAUUCUCAUUUCUAGCCCCUUCCUCCCCUCCAAUUUUGAGACUCAUACGUUCAGUUGUCUCUGCUGUUUUCCCCUGGAUAUCCUUCUGGCAUCUGACAUGCAAAUCACCCUACUUGGAAAAACUCUUCUACCUCUUCCACUCUAAAAAGAUUUUUUUGCCUGUCUUUCUAACUCAAGUGGUGACAUCAUCCACUCAGUCCUACAAAAUGAAAACCUGGGCAUCACUCUCAACGUCUCUCUUUCUUUCCAGAUCAAACCAGCCAUCAAGCCCUUCCUGUUUUGCUUCUGCCCCCCCCCGCUGCUGUUGCCAUAGCUCAGGUUCUCCUCACUUCCCUCCUGGACGGAAGGAACAGCUAUCCUUGCUUUCAGUGUUGUUUUCCUCAAAUAUACUCACUGCUGGCUACCAGGUUACUCUUCUGCUUAAUCCCAUCAUUCAACAGCAACGUAGGAGUUCCUGUUGUGGCACAGUGGUUAACGAAUCCGACUAGGAACUGUGAGGUUGUGGGUUCGAUCCCUCCCUUGCUCAGUGGGUUGAGGAUCCGGCGUUGCCAUGAGCUGUGGUGUAGGUCGCAGACUCGGCUCGGAUCCCACGUUGCCGUGGCUCUGGCAUAGGCUGGUGGCUACAGCUCCGAUUAGACCCCUAGCCUGGGAACCUCCAUAUGCCUUGGGAGCAGCCCUAGAAAUGGCAGAAAGACAAAUACAACAACAAAAAAAACCCAAAAACAAUAGCAACCUAGAAUAAAGUCAGUCUCUGAGUAUGGUACAAUGAAGCUCCCUAACAUCCGAUCCAAUCUCAUUUCUUCCAGCUCCCACACCUCAUGUUAAGCUCUGGCAACAUCAACAUGCUUUAAGAUUUCACACACACAAUUACCAUUCGACUUGAGCCUUUUGCUUCUCUAUCCCCUCUGCUUGGAAUCCCAUGUCUACCUCGAACUCAUUAAGACUCAAAAAGAAGUCGCCUUCUCCCAAGAGCCUCCCUCGGCUCCCAGGCUCGCUUUAGUGCAUCUUCAAUCUUUUAGGCACCUCUGCAUCUGAAACGCAGUUCUACAAGGACUCCUCCACCGUAAGAUUCUUGGUGGGAGACCGGGGUGCAGCCCUGUGAUGAGGUCCCAUUACUCGGAUACACCAGCACCAGAUUUUGAUUCAGAUGCUGGAGACACACAGAGGCAGAGAAAUCUGUGCUGGCAAAGGUGAUAGUCACUGUCAUUGUCCAGAGGGAGCAACAAGUCCAGUGACACGGUGUGAUACAGAGCAUUGUUCUGGGCUUCAAAGAGUCACUCUGGCUUUCUUACUCCCUUCUGCAGAGUCAGUGAGGGAGGUCAAACCUACUAUUUGCAAACUUCUGCUUAAGUUUUACAAGUUGGGGAGUGUUGUUUAUAACUAAAAAUGCUCCCCAGCUCACUUAAUUUGCUUUUACUGUAUGUUAGAUGAUUUUCUGUUUGCAUCCCCUCUAAGCUCUGAGACUCAUGAAAACAGUUUCUUACCCCAUUUUGUAUCUCCAAUGGCUAGAAUAUAGCAGGUGCUCAACUUUUUUCAAAUGUCCAAAAAAUCUUUAUAAGAAAUACUAUAGGGAUUAAAAAAAAAUACUACAGGGGGAGUUCCCGUCGUGGUACAACAGAAACGAAUCCAACGAGGAACUAUGAGGUUACGGGUUUGAUCCCUGGCCUAGCUCAGUGAGUUAAGGGUCCCACGUUGCUGUGAGCUGUGGUCACAGACGCGGCUCAGAUCCCACAUUGCUGUGGCUGUGGUGUAGGCCGGCAGCUACAGCUCUGAAUGGACCCCUAGCCUGGGAACCUCCAUAUGCCUCGGGUGUGGCCCUAAAAAGCAAAAAAAGAAUAGGAAGAAUGAAGAAUGUAUGCCCUAGUAUAGCAACAGGAUUGAAGAAGAAAAAGUAAUGCCAACAGGAAGAAUAAAUGUACCAAUCAGACCUAAAUUUUUUUGCCGGCUAAUUUUGUAAAAGUGCCUUUUGAAAUACCCUCUGAAGAAAUUUGUUCCAUUUAGGUAAUAAAAAUGAGAAUACAUUUAACCACAAAUGCACAUGGAUCAUGACUUCAUCUAAAAGUUAGCAAACAACAUUGUACAGACACUGACAUUUAAAUCUCUAAAAUGCUGGAACUCAGCAAAAGCCACGUUCAACUAUCAAUGUGGAUUAGUCUUCCACACAGAUCAGAUGCUAAUCUGAUAACAUAGAUGGUUUUGGAAAAACUUCAUAUUGUCGGAAGACUAAACGAAAGUUGUAAAAAUGCACUAAAGAAACGGCUACUAAGAAGCACUGCAUCUUCAUAGUAUUCCUUUUUACUUUGUAUGCAAGUAAUUGGCUCUGCUGCAGAAUUUAACUGUUACAAGUGUGAAAAGCAACUACUUAGUAAAUGAAUAGAAAAAAGAAAAGUACAUAGUACCUCUUUUAAGACUACUUUGGGGGUUUCCUGGCAUCAUGGCAGGUUAAGGAUCUUGUAUGGUCUCUGUUGGUGCGCAUGUCUGAUUCCUGGUUGGGAACUCCUGCAUGCUGUGGGCAUGGCUGGGGGGAGGAUUAACUUUGGUCCUCACUGAAUUAAAAAAAAAAUAUAUAGCGCUCCGUUCUUCAACUCGAACAGUCAAGGCCUUGGUCUACACACGGUAAUCUCGUGAAUGGACAGUCACCUUGGUCCUGGCCGUGAUAGCCAUCUGGCUACUCUGAUGACCCUGUCACUCAUGUCAGAUCCACUUGUCCUACGGAUGACGGGCUCUCUUGGAGCAGCAGACUUUGGAACAUUUACUUGCUGCUCAAACCCACAGCCACUUGUUCCUCACGGGGAAACGGCUUUGUUGGCAUCCAACUGUGAAGACCGUCGAGUUGUCCUCGGGUUGUACCUCUGAGCACAGAUGUCUCUCCUGGUAAAUGGUGGUUUGUCAGGGUUCACAUUCUGGCAUCACCAAGAUCCCUCCUAGUUCCAUACAUACCUGCAUUUAAAUGCUGAUGCAUUUAUUAAUUUGUCAACCAGUUCCACUUUGGCUAGCUUUUCAUUUGCUUUCAUCAAAACAUCUAAUUCUUCUGCAUACUCAUCUUCAUUGUUAAUGGUUGAACAGAAUCUGUUUGUUUCAGUGGGACCUGGAGUUAGGUAUGUGGCAUAAGGGCCAAAUCUGGCCCGCUGUCUUUAUAAAUAAAGUUUUAUUGAAACAUGA